AUGAUUAUGUAUAUGGAUAAAGCUACUUUAUCAUACAGUUCCAUCUCUGGAUUCUGGGAAGCUACUGGAUUAGAUCAAGAUAAAUAUAAUAAUGUUAACACAAUAUUUUACGUUGGGUUCAUCGUCGGUCAAUUACCAGGUACUUAUUUAAUUCAAAAAUUAUCAAUCAGUAAAUUAAUUUUUGGUAUUACAUUUUUUUGGUCCUUGGAUAUUUUCUUGCAUUGUGCGGCUUAUAAUUAUGCGGGUGUUAUAGUGUUAAGGUUUUUCCUCGGAUUACUUGAAUCGGUUGCAAUACCAAUUAUGCUUACCACCAAUGGUAUGUUUUUAAGUCAGCAUGUUAGAGAACUGACUCAGCCAGUUUUCUACGCUUCAUGUAUGGCAUCACCUAUCCCAAUUGGGUUCAUAAGUGACGGUGUCUUGUACGCUGGUGCAGACAUUGGUGAUUGGCGAGUCUUGAAUAUUAUUAUAGGCGGAUUAACCUUAAUCUUACCCGUAUUUGUUUUCUUCUCAUACCCAGAUAAUCCAAUUAAUGCAUCUUUUUUGACCACAGAAGAAAAGGUCUGGGUCAUUAGAAAAGUUCAAAAUACUUCCCACCAGUCUAUUGAACAAAAAAUGUUCAAAAAACGUCAUGCAAUUGAAGCUUUCAAAGAUCCAAUUUCUUGGUUAAUCGUUGGUUUCUUCCUUUUACAACAGUUAGCUAACAACUUACCUUAUCAACAAACAAUCUUGUACGAGGAAAUGGGUGGGUUAAGUAAUUUAAACUCAACUUUAGUGACAGUUGCAGGAGCUGGAUUUGCUGUAUUUGCUGUAUUUUGGUCAUUAGCUGCAUGUCUUUUCAUGAUAUGGAAACCAAGAAAGACUUGUCUCACAAUUAUUUGGUCCACCUUACCAUCCCUUGCUGGUUCAAUUGCUGCUGUUUCCAUUCCAUUGACUAAUGCUACAGGUGUAUUGACAGCUAUUUCCUUAGCCUCACAAUCCUUUGGUGUUGGAUGGAUUUGUGCAUUUGGUUUAGGACAAAGCACUGCAGGUGCAAGUUAUACCAAGAGAUUGGUCAGAAAUGCAAUGAUCAUGGUUUCAUAUUCUGUUGCAAACAUUAUCUCACCACAACUAUGGAGAGCUAAGGGUGCUCCUAAUUAUAUCCCUGCAUGGGUUGUUCAAAUUGUCCUAAGUUUUUUCACUGCCCCAGUUUUGAUUGGUACUGUAUGGUUUAUUUUACAUAGAAGAAACAAAGAGAGAUUAACAACUUUGGAUGAAAAGCUGAAGGUUGGUCAUGUCAAGAACGAAGAAGGGGAAGUUUUCGAAGUUAACGUUGUUGCUUUAGAUCUUACAGAUUUAGAAGAUAAAACUUUCAUUUACCCAACUUAA